AUGACGGUGGGAUCAGGUGAAGAAUCUAAUUCUUGGAGAGUGAUCACAUGUAAGCAUGAUCAUUCACCAGUUACUGAAGGACUAUGUAAAGGAGGUUUCUUGUAUUAUGGAGCUGAUGAGUCCAAUAGUGACAAAUCUGUGGUAGUGAGCUUCAACGUGAGUUCUGAAGAGUUUAGCGUCAUUGAAUUGCCUGAGGAAGUCAAGAUUGAUCAUCGUUGGAGAUUGGUGAACUACAAUGGGGAAGUUGCCUUAGUAGAUGACUCUGAGUUUGACUUUGGUAUUGUGAAAGAACCGAAUGGCAAUGGAGUAUUUGAAUUGUGGGUAAGGAACGAAACUGAUGGAACUUGGUGGAGAAACUGCAUUGAGAUUCCUCAUUGGGAACAACAUGUUGGAAAUAUGGAGUUUUUCUUCAAAGGUACCAUUGGAACUGGAGAACUUGUGUUCGCUCAAGACUCUGUGAUUGAGAGAUCAUUCUAUGUGGUUUAUUAUGAUACAGUCACACAAAAUCUCAGAAGAUUUACGAUUGAAGGUGUAGCUAGAGAUCAGCUUCAUGAUGUUCGAACCUUCUUGGAUCAUGUUGAUAGUACUUGGCUUAUGUGA